AUGGAUUCUGAUGAUACAACCAAACCUAGGCCCAGUAUUCCGAUUAGGAAUCCAAGUGUUUCAUUCAGUGAUCUAGAAUCCCAAGAAAGAUUAAGAAGAUUUACUAUAUCUUCUCAACCUUCUUCCACUAACGUCUUGGAUGAUAGUAUACAACCACCAACAACUGCAGCUACAACCACUUCCUCGGGAUUUCCAUCGAGACAAUCAUCAUUGAAAAGGAAAGAUGAAGGUUUAUCAUUUAGAAUUAAAGAACCAAGUCCUCCUUUCGAGCCAAUUAGUACCAGUUCAUCUAGAAGAGGAUCUAUAAAAAAAAAUAAAACAAUAGUUGCUUCACCGGUUGGCCCACCAGUUCCAUUUCAAGAAUACUUAUCAAAAGAAGAUGAUGGAAAAUUUCAUAUAUUAUUGGGAUGCACAGGUUCAGUUGCAACAAUAAAAGUUCCAUUAAUAGUUGAUAAAUUAUUUCAAAUAUUUGGAUCAAAAAUUUCAAUACAAUUGAUUGUUACAAAAUCAGCUAGUCAUUUUUUAAAAGGUUCUAAAAUAAAUGCUGAUGUGAAAGUUUGGAGAGAUGAAGAUGAAUGGACAAAUUAUAAUGAAGUAUAUUCAACUACUACAAGUUCAACAGAACAACCUACACAAAAUUCAAUCAAUCAAUCUACUCAACAACAACUGCAACUAUUAACGAUUAAUAAAAAGCCAAAAAAUCCAUAUGAUAAAUUAAUUCUUCACAAUGAAUUAAGAAAAUGGGCAGAUAUAAUGUUAGUUGCACCAUUAUCAGCUAAUACUUUAGCCAAAAUCUCCAAUGGUAUUGCUGAUAAUUUAUUAACUUCUAUAAUAAGAUCAUGGUCUCCAUCACAAUUGAAAAAACCCAUUCUCGUUGCUCCAGCUAUGAAUACAUUUAUGUAUACACAUCCAAUAACUUCAAAACAAUUAACAACUAUAUCAUCUCCUGAUUUCGGUAUUGAAGUUUUAAAACCGGUUGAAAAAAUUUUAGUUUGUGGUGAUAUAGGUAUGGGUGGAAUGAGAGAAUGGACUGAUAUAGUGGAUAUUAUGAGAAGGAGAAUAACUACUUUGAAAGCCGAGAAGAAAGUGGAUAAAGUAACAGAGGAAGAUGAAGAAGAUGAAGAGGAGGAUGAUGAUGAGGAUGACGAAGAGGAUGAUGAGGAUGAAGAUGAUGAUGAUGACGUAGAAGAUGAAGAGCAAGCACUGAGAAGUGACAGUGACGAGCUUAUAUUUAAUUCAGAACAAGAACAGAUCUCUAUGAAUAUCAUAUAG